CAUGCUGAAAAGUCUGCUCUCGCUUGUUACGUCGGGCAACAAAGAGAAGAAGAAGAAAAGGUCAUCGGCUGGCCUGACCGGCCACGCUCCGCCAGCGGCGGAUUCGUCGUUUUUCUCGGAAGCCGAUUCUUCAAUUAUGAAUGUCACUAGUAUUACGCUUCCAACAGUUAGCGGCCGCGAUGACUCAAUUCAGUCUACUUCUCCGGUACUUGGAUACUCGCCAUUCGGGUUUGUCGAACGCAAAAAUCGAGCCGCAUCGUUCGAUUUCUGUUUAUCGGAUAAACCUCAGAGUGAUGUCGUUGUCCAUCGCCGAAGCCUCCAACCAUCCACACCAACACCAAAUCAGUCCGCUGAGAGUUCAUUCAUUGAAAAUAUUUUCGAUUCCCCUGGCCAACGGAACCGCCUUCAUUCGAUGAUCGAAGAGAAAAUCUACGAAGCAGGAAGCGGAUCACCACAGAAGUUCACUGGUCGUGUUAGUUAGAAGUUCACCGCUAAUAACUAUCGAAAAAUAUUUAGUAAUAAAAGAAAAGAAUAUUCAGAAUAAAUUUUUUCAUUUCG